AUGUCGUACAAUCGCGGCCCCAGUGGUCCCGGCGGCGGCGGCGGAUGGCAGCAGCGCCCGCAGUACAACGACCGCGGCGAACAGGGCUACGACCGCCCCGACCAAGGCUACAACCGCGAGCCGUCUCGCGACUUUGCCUCGCCCUCGCGCGAACCCCGCGGCCCUCCCACCGACUAUGACGCUCCUCCCCGUGGCGGCUACGACCGCGGCCAGCGUGGCAGCUACAACCGUGACGAGCGCGACCACCGCCGCGACCAGCCUCCCCAGUCUCACCGUGGCGGGUUUGGCCAGCGCGACAUUCCGCCUCCCUCGGCGUACUCUCGCGAGUCGGCUCUGAGCCCCGACCCCAGCUCCGCAGCUGGCAAUGGCGGUCGCAACCACGGCAUUGGCUACCCGCCGCGUGGCCGUGACGACUCGACGUCUCUCGCCGGCACGGCUCGUGCCUCGGCGUACCCUCCCAGCUCGCACGAGCACGGCGAGUCGUUCUACUCGUCCGACGCGAGCCAGCGCGCACCCAGCACUGUCUCGGGCAACCCCCGCCAGUCCUCGUACCAGCCCAGCGCGUCUGAGCGCGACGACAACUACUACGACUCGACUGUCCCCUCCGCCGCCGCCACUGAGCGUGACAGCCACACCCCCGUCCAGCGCGAGCGCGAGGCCAUGUCUCCCAACCCACGCGGCCGCGAGGCAGCCUACUCUCCCCACUAUGAGCGUGAAGGUUCCGGCCCUCGCGACCGUGCAGAUGCCUACUCGCCCAUGCGUGAGACUCCUCGUCCUCCCGCCGCCUUCUCACCCGUCCCUGCCACGCGCGACCUUCCUCCCCAGCGCCAGGGCUCUGCCAACCCCAACUCCCAGCAGCGCGAGCAGGCCUUCCAGAGCUUCUCGCCUGCCCCAUCCUCAGGACCGCGUGACGGCUCGUUCCAGGCUGUCGGCUCUGACGGGCGCUCCUCUCGCGUCUCGUACCAGCGCGAGGGCGAGCAGUCGCACACGCCUCAGCCGGAACACAACUCUGCCGCCACCGUCUCUUCAGGCAUGGACAUUUCUCACCCCCCGACCUCGUCCACCCCUGCCACGAGCGCCGGUCUCAGCGACCCCAUCAACCUCGCCCACAAGCUCGAGGCUCUGCAGCUCACUAGCUUCUACGUUCGCCCUGGCUACGCCGAGGUCGGGCGCCCCAUCAACAUCCUGUCCAACUACUUUGCUGUCCGGCCCAAGGGGGGCAGGGGCAAGAUCAUCUACCACUACGACAUUGACAUCAACCCCGUCGUCAAGUUGACCGACCAGAAGAAGCCCCGCACGCUCCUCCGCUCAGUCUGGGAGCAGCUCAUCCUCGAUUACGAGUCCAACACCAACGAGCCCGACUGGAACGUCGCCCUCGCGGCCUCGGCGUUUGACGGUCGCAAGAACUGCUUCACGCCUAUCAAGUUCCCCAUUGGAAACGAGACGCGCAUCCUCACGACCUCGCUCAACCAGAACAAGUCCAUCACCCGCACGUCCAACCGCGAGGGCUCGGACGACGAGUACCACCGCUUCAGGAUCAGCUUCAAGCUCGUCGCCGAGGUCGACCUCGAGGCCGUCAUGGAGUUUUGCCGUGCCGACCGGCGCCGCCCCACCCCGCACGCCGAGGAGAGCUGUCUGACUGGUCUCAUGGCCACCAACGUCCUUCUCCGCGACGUGCCCAGCAAGAAGUACGCUCAGGUCGGCGCCACUGGCAACAAGUUUUACACCAUCGAAGGCGCCCAGCCUCUUCCGCAGGGUGCUGUUGUCUGCAAGGGCUUCCUUCAGUCCUUCCGCUACUCCAACUCGGGUCUGCCCCUCCUCAACCUGGACCUCGGCUUCUCGGCCUUCCUCCAGUCCGGCCCUGCGUUGCACGUUGUGGCCCAGAUCCUCGGCAGCGGUGCCGGCGGCAUGCGUGGUGGACCUGCCCCGCCCUCACUUGACCAGCUCGACGAGCGCCAGAUCUCCAUUCUCAAGAAGAAGCUUCGUGGCGCCAGGUUCACCGUCACUCACCGCGAGAGCCCCCGACUCCACACUGUCAUCUCGGUCACGCUCCAGUCCGCUGCCGACCUCUACUUUGUCAUUGAGGGAAACGAGGACAAGGAGUCGCGCCGCAUCAGCGUUGCCGCGUACUAUGGCGAGUACUAUGGCUGUGUAGUUACCAAGCCCCGUCUUCCGUGCAUCCAGUACGGCAAGCGCGCCUACAUCCCCCUCGAGUUCGUCCGGUUUGCCGACUUCAACUCACUGCCGCCUACAAACCUUACAGCUGAGCAGACUGCUGCGAUGAUCAAGGUCAGCGCUAUGCGUCCGGACCUGCGUGCCAAGACCAUCAACUCGUGGCGCGAGGAGCUUGCGUACGAGAAGCAGCCCAAGAUUGAUGCCUGGGGUCUCCAGGUCAACAGCAAGAUGGUCGAGAUCCAGGCUCGCGUCCUCAACCCGCCGGCCAUCAACUAUCGCGGCCGCGUCGCCAGGCCGCGUGACGGCUCCUGGAACCUCCGUGGCCAGCAGUUCAUCCGCAACGCCAACCGCCCUCUCCGUAACUGGGCCGUCGUCUCGUUUGACCGCUACUGCGACAUUGCCGACAUGCAGCGCUACAUCAGCUACCUGUGCACGCGCCUCUCUGCCCUCGGCGUCUCCAUCGAGAACCCCAAGCCGCCGUGCAUCGCGCCUACGGACCCUCGUAACCCGCACAACCUCCUCACCGCGCUCCAGCAGGCAGCCCGUGCCGCCUUCCAGGUCAGCAAGGAGAUGCCCCAGCUCAUAGUUGUGAUUCUUCCCGGCAAGGACGCUUGGCUUUACGAGACCAUCAAGAAGCUCUCCUUCACCGAGCUCAAUGCACCCGUCCCCACCCAGUGCAUGCAGGCAGCCAAGAUCAAGAACCCGCGCGGCAUUGAUGCGUACACCGACAACGUCGCCAUGAAGGUGGUCAGCAAGCUCGGCGGUCUCGCGCACCAGGUCCCCAUCAGCGAGCUCCCCGGAAUGGUCAAGGGCAAGACUAUGAUUCUCGGCGCCGACCUCGGCCACGUGAGUUGCCAAGAUCCUUUCAAAACUAACUCGCAGCCCCCCUUUCGCCCCAACUCGGAGGAGCCCACUGUUGCGUGCUCGAUCGCCACCUACAACGCCGACUGCGAUGCGUAUUCGGCCCAGAUCCGCCUCCAGGAGGGCCGCAGCGAGAUCAUUGUCGACCUCAGCACCAUGGUCGAGGAGCACCUCCGCAUCUUUGCCAAGCACAACGACGGCGAGUACCCAGAGCGCAUCCUCAUCUUCCGUGACGGUGUCUCGGAGGGCCAGUACGCCGCUGCUCUGCAGUACGAGCACGACGCUGUCGUCAAAGCCUGUGCGCGCAUCCAGCAGGGCUACCGCCCGCGCAUCCUCGUCUGUGUCUGCGCCAAGCGCCACAACACGCGCUUCUUCAGCCAGCAGCCCAGCGAUACGGACCGCACGGGCAACCUCCCUGCCGGCCUCGUCGUUGACCGCACCAUCACGCACCCGUACGCGUUCGACUUCUUCCUCCAGGCCCACGCCGGUCUCGUUGGCACCGCCCGCCCGACCCACUACAUCUGCCUGCUGGACGAGCUCGCCACCACCCCGGACCAGCUGCAAAGGCUCGUCAACGGCCUGUGCUUCAGCUUUGCCCGCUGCACCCGCAGUGUCUCCCUCGUGCCCGUGUGUUACAUGGCCGACCUCGUCUGCCAAAAGGCCCGCCUCAUUGUCCAGAGAGGCGAAAUGUCCAUAACCCCCUCUGAGACGUCGGGUGGCCGCAGCGGCGCCCGUCCGCCCCCGCCCCCGUCCACCUCGGGCAGGUCCGAGGCCACCUCGAGCCGCUUUGCCGAGCGUGUCGACAUCCACCAGAUCCAGAAGCUCAUGUCCAAGAACCCCGAAAUGUCCCAGGUCGCGUGGUGGAUGUAA